UGGUCACUGGCAGUGCCGGGGCCGCACAGUCAUGCUCACCUCUCCGGCCGCGACCGAGGCGCCCGUCCAGGCGGGGCCCGUUGCGGCCCCGAUCGCCGGAAUCCCGGAGCGAGAAGCAACGUGGCCCUGGAAAGAUGCCCCGAUUGGGGCGCUGGUGCAACGCGUCCACCAGCUGCAGAGCGAGCGCGCGCAGGCCUUCCGCCGCCUGGAGGAAGCACACCGGCAGUACGUGAACAGCGGCCCGCCCUAUGACUUCCCGCGGUUCCGCACCACCGUGCAUGAGGUGACCCAGGUCUUUGCCGCCGCCUCGCGGGAGGUGCUGGCGGUGGAGGCUGAGCUGGCCGGACCCCGAGCGCAGCCACUCCUCGCAGGCCACGUGCGCCGCCUACAGCAGCUGGAAGAGACGCACCUGGUCACGGUGGCUCUGCUGCAAGUGAUGGGGAGCCCCGAGCUGGCGCAGGAGGAAGACAGCCAGCAGAAGCACCAGCUGAAGACGAAGGUAAUUAAAACCAUGGAGGAGAUCAGCGAGGCCCUUCAGGACCUCAGGUUUGAUGCAGAAUCUACCCAGUGAUGGCGCCUGGCCCAGCCCUGACGGCCAGCUGGUGGGGGUCGAGCCCCAAGGCGCCAGACCUUCACCGAGCUGCUCUGCGCUUAAUAAACACCUUCUUUGCAA